ACACGCCUACGCUAAAUAAAACCAUCGACGGUAACCUUCAUUACUAGAACUUGAUGCGAGUACUCUCUGACUGUUAGCUAGCUAGUAUUUGCACUGUUAUAAUCAGAACAUGGACAACUCGGGGAAAGAGAAGGAAGCGAUUCAGCUUAUGGCUGACGCUGACAAGAAAGUGAAAACUUCUGGCUCGUUCUUGGGAGGCAUGUUUGGCGGACCUCAUAAAGUGGAGGAGGCGUGUGAAAUGUACUGCAGAGCAGCCAACAUGUUCAAGAUGGCCAAGAACUGGAACGCUGCUGGUAAUGCAUUCUGCCAGGCCGCCCGGAUCCACAUGCAGCUCCAGAAUAAACACGACUCGGCCACCAGCUUCAUCGAUGCAGGAAAUGCCUUCAAAAAGUCUGACCCCAACGAGGCUAUCAAGUGCUUAAACGCAGCCGUUGAUAUAUACACAGACAUGGGAMGGUUCACCAUCGCAGCCAAACACCACAUCACCAUCGCAGAGAUCUACGAGUCAGAACUGGUGGAUAUAGAGAAGGCCAUCGCCCACUAUGAGCAGGCAGCAGACUACUACAAAGGAGAGGAGUCCAACAGUUCUGCCAACAAGUGUCUGCUGAAGGUGGGGGCCUACGCCGCUCAGUUAGAACAAUACGCCAAGGCCAUCGARAUCUACGAACAGGUGGGAUCCAGCACCAUGGAUAACCCCCUGCUGAAAUACAGCGCCAAAGAGUACUUCUUCAAAGCUUCUCUGUGUCACUUCAUCGUGGAUGAACUCAAUGCUAAGCUUGCUGUGGAGAAGUACGAGGAGAUGUUCCCAGCUUUUUCAGACUCAAGAGAGUGCAAACUGUUGAAGAAACUCCUGGACGCUCAUGAGGAACAGAACUGUGAAGCUUUCACUGAAGCAAUUAAAGAGUUUGAUUCCAUCUCUCGUCUGGACCAAUGGCAGACUACCAUGCUGCUGCGCAUCAAGAAGACCAUCCAGGGGGAUGAGGGGGACCUGAAGUGAGACUACACCGGGGGAACAUUUCACCACAGGGGCACACAUCAUGGCAUGCCUGCCACCCUCUCUCCAUUACC